AUGGUCGGUGAAUUGCGCACAUCCGCCCCCGACUCACGAGUCAGGAAGGCGCCAAACCGCCAGUCGCGCUCCUGUAAGGUCUGCCGACUCCGCAAGGUCAAGUGUGACCGUAUCAAGCCUUGUCAUGCAUGUUGCGCCCACGGAUAUCCGUCAAAAUGCAUUUACGAAACCGUGCCUGAUGACGAGGCGCGCCCCGUCAGCCAGGCAGAGGAAAUCCGAAAUCUGCGGGCGGAGAUUCGGGACUUGAGGACGAGAAUAGAUGAGAGGCAAGAUGGGUCUCAGGAUCAAGAUCUUGAGCGGCUGGACCGGCUUGAGAGCUUAUUUGAGUCUAUUCGUUCUGCCCCGCUUAGUGUGGUUGACCACAUUGUGCGCGAGGUUCGAUGCGCUCAUGGUGGGAUGAAGAAAGAUUUGGUGCAGGUAGGGCCAUGGGAGGGUCAUGAAGCAUAUGACAAAUACCACAAUUCCCUUGCUUCCCCGCCAUCAUCUAUUGUUCCAAUCCGCCAGCGAGCAAGCGACUCAAGCUCCGACCUCAAUUUCAAUGAUCCUCCCAUGUUUGACGAUGAAGAUAGCGAAGAUCAAAUGUCUCUGAGCAACGGGUCAGACUCCUCGGGUUCAUCCAGUACAAUUUAUGUGAUCGGCAUGCAGCGGCCCUCCGUUGACGUAUUCGUUGAGCGCUUUGUCGACGCAUUCAGCCCGCAGGUUGACACCAAGUCUGGCCGCGCGGGGGCAUUGAGAGCCGCCGCAGAGAUUCGAAUGUUUUCGCCACUUAUCUCAGACGCCUUUGAAGCAGUCUCUGUGGCUUUCUUUGGUCGAUCUAUCCAGAAUAAACAACUCGAAGCUUCGGGAUUUCGGCUGUACCCCCGCGUUCUGCGUGAAUUGCAAGAUGCAUUGAUUGACCCAGAGCGUUCCAAGUCCGAAGCGACUUUGGUAACAGUGACACUUUUGCUUGCCUUUGAGAGUGUGGAGCGCACUACAAGUAGUGGUGUGCCAGCUCAUGUUAGAGGUGCGGUGCGCUUGAUUGAGCAUCGUGGCCCAGAGAAUCACAUGUAUGGUGUUGAGCAUCUCUUAUUUACUGAGCUCCGACCUUAUUGGAUUGCUGGUGCAUGCGCGGGUCGAGAACCUUCGUUUUUAGCGCGCGAGGAAUGGAAGACAAUUCCAUGGUCGGCUGGGACGACUACCAAGGAUAUCCUGCAUCAUCUACUUGAUCUCGCCACGGAAGUGCCUGCACUGUUGUCCCAGUCUGAUUCAUUCAAAAAAGCGCAGCAGGAUCCAUCCGCAAUGGGCGCCCAGGAAACUGCGUCCAAACAGGCUGCGCUUUGGAACGGGAUCACCGAUCUCACUGCUCGCUUCUAUCAGUGGUAUCAUGACUUUGUCAAGAGCUACCCAGAUGGCCCACCGCAAGAGGUCGAGCAGACGGAGGAUCAAGACUUCCCUGUUUUCAAAAGACGAGAUUUGCGCACCGGAGCUGUAUACACACCAACCAGGCUCUCUUAUCCCAAUCUUCUCCUUGCACAAACCAUGUGUGUCUACUACGCAUUCCGCCUAAUUCUAUCCUCGAUAGAUACUCGCCCAGAGGAUCGGGUCACCGUUCCAGAGCAGUACGAACUGGGAUGCGGUAUCUGCCGCACAUACGCAUUUUAUAUCCUCACAGCGCCAGGAAACAUGAUCAACCGCCUUGCGUUUCCUACACGCGUGGCAUGGGAGGCUUUCCCUGACAAUGGGCCCGAGCGGGCUUUUAUGACUGAAGUGCUGCAAUUGGUUGAGAAGCGCCAUUCCCUAGCGCUUUGGGGCGGUGGCAUGUCGGAGCUCUCAGCCAGGGAAGGCACCCCUCUUAACGCAGCAUGA